CUUUGUGGCUGUGCCAGCUAUUGACCACUGUGCAAAGCUGCCUCCAGAAUAAUAUUCAUGACGAAAAACGUUAACCUGAGAAGGAGUACAGAACGCGAACGUGCGCUGAGAGAGGAGCACGUGUGUUCGAAGAGUGAGACUGCAGUAGUUAUGGCAAAUGGACUACACGAACUCAACGCGGUAUUAGGGAAGCAAGCAGGACAAAAUGGGUUUGGAUGCGGGUGAACUAACGUGAGCGUACUCUGUGGUUGAUAGAGGGGCUCUGCGCAGGAGGUUGAACAUUGGUGAUAGUUUAAUAAAGAAUAGCAGAAGCCUCGGUUUAGGUCUUUACUCUAAAAUCCAUCAAAACUGUGGGCGCAAGGAAUGUCAAGAGACAGUAUGACGGCUGUACGAGGUGCCCAUGCACAUAAUGGGAGUUCUGCUGGAUCAAAGGAGAAUGGGCAAAACACACCGAGCCAUGUUCACACCGACCCCAAUACCAACGUAGUUCCACCAGGAGACAUCGGCAAUGACACGUCUGGGUCGUCUGCGGGUGACCUAACCCAGACAUGGAUUCAGUUUACGAAGACAUUCGUGCUCAUUUUCCCCAUAUAUGUUUUGGGAUAUUUUGAAUUUAGUUUUAGUUGGCUUCUAAUAGGGCUUGUGAUAUUUUUCUGGUGGAGGAGAAACACAGGAGGCAAGGACACCCGAAUGUACAGAGCCUUGGCAUUCUUUGAACAAGAGGAGAGAACUGUCCAACAAAGCCUGACAACUUCUGAUUUGCCAUCAUGGGUCAACUUCCCGGAUGUAGAAAGAGUAGAGUGGCUGAACAAGACUGUGAGACAGAUGUGGCCGUAUAUUUGCCAGUUCAUAGAGAAGCUGUUCCACGAGACUAUCGAGCCGGCUGUGAAGGGAGCCAACUCCCACCUCAGCACCUUCUGUUUCAGCAAGAUUGACAUGGGGGACAAGCCUUUGAGGAUUAACGGGGUCAAGGUUUACACAGAGAAUGUGGACAAGCGUCAGAUCAUCAUGGACCUACAGAUCAGUUUUGUUGGAAAUACUGAAAUUGAUGUGGACGUCAAAAGAUACUACUGCAAAGCUGGUAUUAAAAGCAUACAGCUCCAUGGAGUGUUGCGAGUAGUCCUGGAGCCAUUGCUAGGUGACAUGCCCCUUGUCGGAGCUCUGUCCUUGUUCUUCCUGAAAAAACCUCUUCUGGAAAUCAACUGGACAGGCCUCACCAAUAUACUAGACAUUCCUGGGCUGAAUGGCUUCUCAGACAGUCUGAUUCAGGACAUCAUCUACAGCUACCUGGUGCUGCCCAACCGUAUCACUAUCCCACUGGUGGGAGAUAUAGAACUGGCUCAGCUACGCUUCCCUAUGCCAAAGGGAGUCCUGAGAAUUCACUUCCUGGAGGCUCAGGACCUGGAAGGGAAGGAUAAAUUCCUAGGCGGGCUGAUCAAGGGGAAGUCUGACCCCUACGGCAUCCUCCAGAUUGGCAACCAGCUCUUCCAGAGCAAGACGGUCAAAGAGAGUCUGCACCCCAAAUGGAACGAAGUUUACGAGGCCCUGGUAUAUGAGCACUCAGGCCAACAUCUGGAGAUUGAGUUGUUUGAUGAGGACCCAGACAAAGAUGAUUUCCUGGGGAGCCUGAUGAUCGAUAUGACGGAGCUUCACAAAGAGCAGAAGGUCGAUGAGUGGUUUGAUCUGGAAGAAGUCUCCACGGGGAAGCUACACUUGAAACUGGAGUGGCUCUCUCUGCUCUCCACCCCUGAAAAGAUGGACCAGGUGUUGAGGAGCGUGCGAGCUGACAGAAGCCUGGCCAAUGAUGGACUUUCGUCUGCUCUCCUGGUGGUGUACUUGGACUCGGCAAAGAACCUGCCGAGCGUCUUUACAGGGAGCUUUGGGUGUGGAAACUUAAAAGAGAGGAGAGCAUCUGGCCUAGUAUUUUGUGAGAACAAUACCUCAAUGUAUAGAACCUUAUUUUCCGGCAAGAAAACGAGCAGUGAACCAAGUCCUUACGUCUAUUUCACAGUUGGGAACAAAUCAUUUGAGAGUAAGAUCCGCUAUAAGACCAAUGAGCCAAUGUGGGAGGAAGCCUUCUCCUUCCUUGUCCAUAACCCCAGGAGGCAGGAGCUGGAAGUGGAGGUGAAGGACGACAAGCACAAGUGCACCCUGGGUAAUCUUACAGUCCCCUUGAGUGGUCUGUUGGAGGAGGAAGACAUGACGUUUACUCAGCAGUUUUCCCUGAGGAACUCUGGACCCAGCUCCACACUCAAACUGAAGUUGGCUCUCAGGGUUCUGUGCCUGGAGAAGGAGACAAGUGCGUCGGACCAGCUCUCCUCUGUCCAGGUGAGGAAAGCCAGCAUGGUCAACCCCACCGUCCCCUCCCAGAGACUCUCCGCAUCGGAGUCGCCACUCCCCCCAGCCUACACCACCCCAACACCACCCGUGGAGGCCUCCACCCACUCCCUCCAUCGCAGGGAGGAGCGAAAGGAGGAGCCGUACGGCGGCAGCCCCAUCAGGAGCACCUCUAUCAGGAGCACUUCCAACCUGAGCACCACCAUAUCCAACUCCCAGAAACACCUGCCCCAUAAGGACUCCAUGGCCAGCCUGGCCUCGGACAUCUCCCUGCCCUUCGCCACCCAAGAGCUGCAGCAGAGGCUCAGGCAGCUGCAGAAUGGGUCUGCCCCUAGUCCGUACCCCCUGGGGGAGAUUCAGCUGACUGUCCGCCAUAGCUCCCAGAGGAACAAGCUCAUCGUGGUGGUGCACGCCUGUCGAAACCUCAUUGCGUUCACUAAGGAUGGAUCAGAUCCUUUCGUUCGGGUUUACUUGCUCCCUGACAAGAGCCGGACAGGCCGGAGGAAAACCAGCACCAUAAAGAAAACCCUGAACCCUGUGUUUGAUCAAACGUUUGAGUUCAGUGUGUCCAUGGUGGAGCUGCACAGGAGAACUCUGGACAUCGCUGUGAAGAACGGAGGGAGUAUACUGUCCAAACACAGAGGACUCCUCGGGAAGGUGAUGGUGGAUUUGAGUGUUGAGGAUAUAUCCAAGGGCUGGACACAAUGGUAUGAUCUGACUGAAGAUGGCAACCGCAAAACAGUCCAGGCAUAGAGAGGUAGAGAAUGACACAGGAAGACCGCACCUCCAUCAUCAUAAACACCAAUUGACAUUCAUAGAAACACACUCUGCUUUCAUAUAGUGUUAUCACUUAUCAAAGGGCACAUAAUUUUCCUUUUCUUUCUUUUUUUCCCAUUGAAUUUGUGUGUUGUCGACCUAAGUAGAGAUACGACUUCAGGUGUACUAUAAUAUGCUGAUCCUGCAGUAUUCAACGACGUCAAAGAUUCGCAAAAUUGUCCUGUUAAAAGCAAAACAUUUAUCAGAAAAUGUAGGUUAAUGUGUCAAAAAAGCACAUUUACUGCUUUUUCUCUAAGUUGUCAAUGUUUAUAUACAGUGGGGAGAACAAGUAUUUGAUACACUGCCGAUUUUGCAGGUUUUCCUACUUACAAAGCAUGUA